UUGAAACAAUAGCAGAAGGAAACAUUCUGCUUUUUACUGCAGUUACAAUUCAGUUUUCAGUUUUCACAUUUCGGGAUACAUUUUAAUGAUGGGUCGUGACUGGGAAGAGCAGAGUGUGACAGGGUUGUUACCAAGCUCGACUUAGUGAGCCACAGAGUCGCUAAUGAAUGAACAUCUUUCUAUCUACUAACCAUCUGUUGGCACAGACAUGAGCGUGGUAUCGAUCUUCUCACCUAACUCUCGGCAAGAAACUUGCUGGGGUGAGUAAGAGACACGAGUAAAAGCACAGUAAACCACACAGAGGACGGUGGAAAGUCUGCAAAAACUCUGAACAUCAUCCUCCACUACCCAGCCUUACCAGACUAUGGUGGACAUUUCAAAUCUCCCUUUUCUUGACCACCCAGGAGAGUCGACGGAGGAUUAAAUCACAUGAGGGAUCACAAACCAAACCUGCUGAGACCUCAUUCUCCAGUGCCUUCGAAGCCCUAGAGAAACUGUCCCAAGUAAUUUGCUCAUCUUGCUCAAAGGAAACACUCUGUUAAAAGUCAGAAACAAUUAAUGUUUUCCUAGUGAGGGACUGAAAAGAAGAGACCCAGCCACUGUCCACAGGUCUCAGAGAAGCUUGCGGGGAAAGCCAACUUGGAGGAGAAGAUCGCUGCAGUGACGGAGGGGAUGGGUAACAAGAAUGCCAUCCCGCUGAAGGGUCCAGACACUGGGACUACACAGAAAGAGGAAGGGGAGUGCAUGGACAGUGCCACAGGAGGUGUCUCCAGAGAUGGAUCACCGGGCCCCAGCCCAGAGCUGCUGGCCUCCCUGCAGUCCCUCAGAGAAAACAGUGACUACACACUGCUGCCACACUCCCUACACCAGAUCGCAGAGGCGUACUCGCUCAAAGAGGACUACCAGUGGGCCAUCCAGUUUCUGCAGCUUGAGAAGCUCUACCAUGAGCGUCUGCUUUCCAACCUCGCUGCCCUGCAGGAGAACUGGGAGAGCCAGCUGAGGGAGAAGAAAAACGCUGAAAGCUGUUUGCCUGCGGAAACAGACAGCAUCAGUCAAAAACACAUUGAGACCCUGAGCCAGAUCUGCAGGACACACCCCAGACCAUCCAUCAGUGUGGAACAGAACACGCCGAAUACAACACUGAAAGACACUCAGAGCAAGAACGAGACACUACAACCCUGUCAUGAUAAAAUCAACAAGCCCGAAACAACACACCAGGACGAAGAACAAGAGCAACGCAUGAACUCAGAAUCAGAGCUGCCGUUACCACAGACAGGCCAUCAGGAGGGAGGUGAGGAGGAGGAGGGAGAAGAAGAAGAAGAAGAAGAAGAAGAAGAAGAAGAAGAGACGACAUAUGAGGAAGGACAGGAAGUAGAAGAGGAGGAGGAGCCGUGUGAAGAGACGCCAGAGGAGGAGGAGGUGAAGGUGGAGUGGCCUACAGGGGUCCCCCAGGCUUCAGACAAGGAUCUUGCCAAGCUGUCCCACACAGAGGGGAGUUCCUCCCCAGAUGGUCUGGUCUCCAUUCUGAAGAGGAGGAGAGCAUCGCUGGAUGGAUUGCCUCCCCCAAGCAACAUUGUUACUAAACAGAACUCGAAACGCAAAGUUCGCUUCAGUGAGCCAGAGGACGGCAGUGAGCAAGAUGAGGUAGGUGGAGAUUCCUGCCUGAUCCUGCUGCUGCUGUGUCUGGUUACUGUGGUGAUCAGCGUAGGCGGGACAGCUCUCUACUGCACCCUGGUGGACACUUACUCCAACAUUUGCACCGACUUCACUCACAACGUUGACUUCUAUGUCAUGAACGUACGGAGGUUCUUUGAAGGGCUCGGACAUUGGCUGCCCCCCCGGACUUAGACCCUCUCAUCUGCAUUCCAGACGGGAGCUGUUUCAGACAUUUGUACUGUAAUGGACAGUGUGAAAUAGAGAGUGCUGACAAGAAAGUACCUGAGCACGACUCAAAUCUGCAGUUUGGAGUCAGCGUGACCGACACAGAACCUACAGGCAUUAAUCGGAUGCUGUCAUCCAGAGUGUUUGAAGCUUUGGUUUCUUCUACAGUGACUGGAGCUUAGGGCCUUUGGCUGAGAUUUAUGAAUCUGAGCUAUCAGCCUAAGAUUUAUGUAUAGGUAAUUGGUGCUCAAAGCAACACUUAACAGUAAGAACUGUCAGAAUUCACAACAUACUGUGGGAUCACAGUUUAAAGCCUCUUACUACUGUUUGUGUGGAGAUUUCAUCUUAAGCUGAACCUUACAGAUAGCACACAAAAAGGCUUGCAGCUCCCAACAAUAUUUAUAUUUGAACAGAAGGAGUAAUGUAUCUGUGUACUAGUGUUCCCCUCACAUUUGUAGCAGAGAAGCUCUCAUUAGAAUCUUUAGGAUGUACACGCGUGUUAUUAUUUUUGGAUGAUUAAUGGGCCAAAUGGGCCAAAUGACCCCCCCUCCCCCCUCCCCUUUUUAAAUUAAUGUUGCCAUUAUCUUUUGGUCUGUUGACUCAUCUCUGUUAAAUUAAUAUACUGCAGGGCUGUACACCUAUAUCAGACACUUUCUACGACAACAAAUAUUUAUAUUAUUUUGAAAAACUCUGAUUCCAGAUACAGCCUAUAUGAAUGAUCCUUGUGUUUACCUCAGUACAAGUGGUUACUUUUAACAUUCCUAUUAUCAACUUAAUAUAACCAGUUCAAAGAGAAUAUUUGUACUGUAUGUGAUACUCAUAAAUGUAUAAAGUGCUCUAUUAAAAAAAAAACACAGCGUCAUAAAACGGCCUGCAUGAAUGAUGGUGUACAUGUAGAUUCACGAAGAGUGUGGCUCUAGGUAUGAAAAUAUAAAGUCCACCACCUUAUAACACAUCAGUAUGCAAUACUGUGAUUUAACAGCCACUCCACAAACUCAGGCACUUACCCUGUGUUUAUAAUUUUUGUGCUCAGUGUUCACUCUAAAGUGUGUGACCCUAAAAUUCCUGUUCUACAUCUGGAGCUAUGAUUAAGUCUAGUCUCCUGCAGUGUGCAAGCAGCUACGUCAUGAUGGUAGUCAAAACCCAAUGCAGAGAGAAGAUACAUUUGGAUUGCGUGUGCUUUGGGCAACAGAUCACGUUCAGAAACUGGCAAAAAUACAGAUGGUUUAAAAAUGAAGAUAAGGUACACUACACUCUUGAACGUACCUAGCUCAAAAUGUUUCCUUUGGUUAUAUGCACAUUCCUGAGCCUUCUUUUAUCUGCGUUGGUAGUUUAAUACCCAGAGGGCAUGGGUUAUGCUGUCUUUGUAUCAUUUUGUCCAAAGCAGAGCUUUAUGGACCAACAGUUGUGUUUCCUGGCUGGGACAAGUAACACAACAGAAAAUAUGCCUGUUAACACAUUUUAUUGAAACAGAGAAAAUUAAAUUUGAUCAGCAUGUACCUUUUGUCCAUUGCCUUGUGUUGAUGUUUUUACUGAUUUCAACUGAUUUCUACCCUUUCUUCUGAACUGCUACUUCUCCUUCUGUUUUGUCACUGUGGAUAACUGCAAUUGCUGCAUUAUGCAAUCCACCUUUAUAUGUUUCAAUAUUUAUGUUCAGUUGUGUCCACAAAGGAAUACAAAAACACAGUAAUGAAAAGAAA